AUGUCCCCUCGCAGCACCCCCUCAACUCUUGCCUCCGCCAUGCAGUCAACAAGAGAGCGAUUGGCAGGCUACUCUGACUUCUUUGCAUCCGGUCUACUUGCAAAGGCUCGUCGUGCCUACGAACGGCAGCGUCAGCCAGCUUCGGCUAUCUUCCCCGAGUUCUCCAUCACCCCAUCACCCCAGCCAAAAGACCUUCGUCGCCAUUCCAGCGUCUACAAAAGAAUGAGCGUAUCUGGAUCCCUCGACACCGAUUCCGACUUUUCGGUGCAAGAGAAGCGGCGGCGACGUUCAUCAGUUGCCGAGUUCUCCUCGCGUCUCUUCGACCGAAUAACGACGAAUCCGUCGACCGGAGAGCGAAGGUCCGCGGAUCUUGCCGCGAAAAUACCUCGAAGAAAGUCCUUGCGCAAGCAGUCGGUGGUGCCAGAUGACUCGGACGUCGUCUGGAUAACUGCCCCGGAACCUCGUCCCGUGGAACCAACUCGUACACAUAGCAGCUCUUGCAAUUCAGAUGAAAUAUCCUUUCACUCCCUGGACCCAUUUACCGCUGCCCCCAAUGCUCGUUCUAUAUAUAUUGAGAUAUCCCCACCUCCCCCAAAACUCGAAUCCUUUCUUUCCUUCUCUGGAUCUUCAAUGAGUGGCUCAGUCCAUAGCCUUGCAUUUCCCCGUCGAGAACGACCGACGUCCAUUCAAACCAUGCCCCCUCCCUCGACACAGUCCCCGCGCUCCUCAUUCUACAGCAAUCGUCGAAGCACCAUAGUGGAGUUUCCGAGGGUCUUGGAGGAAGAGGAAUCUUGGAUAGGUGAUGAUGAUGAACCCCUGGAUGAAGAUGACCCUGCCAGGAUUGACUGGCGACAGUUCCACGUCGAAGUCCUGCAGGACGGGUGA